AUGGCGGCGGUGGCGGCGGUGGCGGCGGCGGGGGCGGCAUUGCGGGCCCGGAUCCUGCAGGUAUCUUCCAAGGUGAAUUCCAGUUGGCAGCCAGCAUCCUCCUUCUCUUCAUCUUCAGUGCCAACUGUAAAACUCUUCAUUGAUGGGAAAUUUAUUGAAUCCAAAAGUGACAAAUGGAUCGACAUCCACAAUCCCGCCACCAAUGAGGUCAUUGGUCGGGUCCCUCAGUCCACCAAGGCUGAAAUGGAUGCAGCAGUUUCUUCCUGCAAACGUACUUUUCCUGCGUGGGCAGACACUUCAAUAUUAAGCCGUCAGCAGGUCCUGCUCCGCUAUCAACAACUCAUUAAAGAGAACUUGAAAGAAAUUGCCAGGUUGAUCACGCUGGAACAAGGGAAGACCCUGGCAGAUGCUGAAGGAGAUGUGUUUCGAGGCCUUCAGGUGGUUGAGCAUGCCUGCAGUGUGACGUCCCUCAUACUAGGAGAGACCAUGCCAUCCAUCACCAAAGACAUGGACCUUUAUUCCUACCGUCUGCCUCUGGGGGUGUGCGCAGGCAUCACUCCGUUCAAUUUUCCUGCCAUGAUCCCCCUUUGGAUGUUUCCCAUGGCCAUGGUGUGUGGAAAUACCUUCCUGAUGAAGCCAUCAGAGCGAGUGCCUGGAGCAACUAUGCUUCUUGCCAAGUUGUUUCAGGACGCUGGUGCCCCUGAUGGAACACUGAAUAUCAUCCAUGGACAACAUGGAGCUGUAAAUUUUAUUUGUGAUCAUCCGGAUAUCAAAGCAAUCAGCUUUGUGGGAUCCAACCAGGCAGGAGAGUACAUCUUCGAGCGAGGGUCAAGACAUGGCAAGAGAGUUCAAGCCAAUAUGGGAGCCAAGAACCAUGGAGUAGUCAUGCCAGAUGCAAAUAAGGAAAAUACCCUGAACCAGUUGGUUGGGGCAGCAUUUGGAGCUGCUGGUCAGCGCUGCAUGGCUCUUUCAACAGCAAUUCUUGUGGGAGAAGCUAAGAAGUGGCUGCCAGAGCUGGUAGAACGUGCCAAAAAACUAAGAGUCAAUGCAGGAGACCAGCCUGGAGCUGAUCUUGGCCCUCUGAUCACCCCCGAGGCAAAAGAGCGUGUCUGUAAUCUGAUUGAUAGUGGAACAAAGGAAGGAGCUUCCAUCCUUCUUGAUGGGCGAAGUAUUAAAGUCAAAGGUUAUGAAAAUGGGAACUUUGUUGGGCCAACCAUCAUUUCAAAUGUCAAGCCAAACAUGACCUGUUACAAGGAGGAGAUUUUUGGCCCAGUUCUUGUAGUUCUGGAAACAGACACUUUGGAUGAAGCCAUCAAGAUUGUAAACGACAACCCAUAUGGAAAUGGAACAGCCAUCUUCACCACCAAUGGAGCCACUGCUCGGAAAUAUUCCCACCUGGUGGAUGUUGGACAGGUUGGGGUGAAUGUGCCCAUUCCAGUGCCUUUGCCAAUGUUCUCAUUCACCGGCUCUCGCGCUUCCUUCAGGGGAGACACCAAUUUCUAUGGCAAACAGGGCAUCCAAUUCUACACUCAGCUAAAGACUAUCACUUCUCAGUGGAAAGAAGAAGAUGCAUCUCUUUCCUCACCUGCUGUAGUCAUGCCUACCAUGGGCCGUUAG